UAACAACACAAUGACAGAAGGAGGGAAGGAAAAAGAACAGGAAGGCGACAACUGACAAGCAGACACAAGGAUUAACAGGAGAAAUGACUGUCGAGAGGGAGAAUGACAGUCGGCACUGAGAAAGUCUUGGAAAUACAUUGCUUCUGUUUACUGCCACUGACAGAAAUAAUCUCUUCUCUGAAAUCACUUCAAUCCUCAGAACAGCUUAACACUGGAUGGCUAUGGCGCUGCCUGCUACCUUUCUGUCUGAAGACCAGUUCACCUGCUCGAUCUGUCUGGAGGUGUUCAACAACCCAGUGUCAACACCAUGUGGCCACAGCUUCUGCCAGGACUGCAUCUCCUCCUACUGGGAUGGAGGAAGAGGAGGAGGAAGGGGCGCCAAGUUCUACCAGUGUCCCCUCUGCAAGGAGUCCUUCCACAAGCGACCAGAGCUCCAAAUCAACCGAACCCUGAAGGAAAUCACCGAACAAUUCAAGCAGAUGGCCAACACUAGAAUUCCAAUGGAUGGAAGAGCUGGAGGAGUGGAGGAUCCCAACUCGCAUCCUCACCAUCAUUAUCACUCAGCCCUGUCUCCGCCCCAGAGGCCGGGGGAGAUGCCGGAGAGUGUCUUUGCUGAGAUGAUGACUCGUUUUCAGCGGCUGCAGACUUCCGGGAUGCCUUACGCCACCCUCCCCCAUCCCAAUGACCCUUGCCCCCAAAGCCCCAGCCCAGUCAAUGCUCACCUGUCCUUCCAGGCUCAGAACAAUGAGCAACAUUACCCGCCUCCACCCUACUCGCCUCCCCGCAGGUACACUCUGAGUGGUCCCAGUGACUCUUCCCCCAAUCUGCCUCUGUGUCCCAUCCACCUGAGAGGUCUAGAGUUCUUCUGUCGUACUGAUAACACCUGCGUCUGCAGCGUCUGUGUGGAUACAGCAGAGCACCGAGGACACGCUGUCAUCCCUGCUAAGAGGGAGUGGCACAUCAAGAAGUCCCAGUUAGGUAUUGCAGAGGUUGAGCUGAAGGAUCUCAUCUGUGAGAAAGAGAGGAAAAUGGAGGAAAUACACAACUCCUUACGAGAGAUACAGGUUGCUGCUGAGAGAGAGACAGAUGGAACUGUUUGUGUGUUUUCCAAGCUGAUCUCCAGUGUGGAGCGCUGCCAAGCUGAAGUCUUGGAGGUGAUAGAGAUGAGUUGGCGAGCGGCUGAGCGCAGAGCUCAGAGCCUGCUGAGAGAGCUGGAGGAGGAGAUAGCGGAGCUAAAAAAGAGGAGAACAGCACUGAGCCAGCUGGCUCUGUCUGAAGACUACAUACACUUUCUCAAGAUGUUCCUUGCCCUGUCCACCCCUCAACAAACUAAAGACUGGUCCAGUGUCUCUGUGGUGUCUGAGCUGACCUCAGGGGUGAUUCUCAGGACUGUCAAUCAAACGCUGGAGCGCUUUCAGGAAGAGAUGCGGAAACUGCCAGAAGUCUGCCAGCGAUCCCCGUUGGACCAAUCUGUACCCAGGCCCAACCCAAAGAUAAGGAGGGUUCAAGAAUAUGCAGCCGACAUCACUUUAGACCCCAACACAGCCCACCCACGUAUCAUCAUUUCAGCAGAUGGGAAGCAGGUGCACUGUGGUGACCGCCAUCAGCUGGUACCAGACAACCCAGAACGCUUUGACCGGGUGGUGUGUGUGCUGGCCCGCCAGGGCUUCAACUCAGGGCGGCAUUACUGGGAGGUGGAGGUGGGAGGAAAGACUGACUGGGACCUGGGAGUGGCCAGCUGGUCCGUCAAUCGGAAGGGCAAAAUCACCAUAAGCCCUGCCCAUGGCUACUGGUUCCUCAGCCUGCGGGAUCGGACCGACUACGCCUUCCGAACAGAACCCACAACCAACCUGACAGUCAACCUCAGACCCUCCCGGAUUGGAAUCUAUGUGGACUAUGAUAAGGGACUGCUGUCCUUCUACAACGUGGAGGCCAGAGUUCUCAUCUAUACAUUCACAGAUACUUUUUCUGACACCAUUCAUCCGUUCUUCAGCCCCUGUACUAAUAAAUCAGGAAGGAAUGAGGCUCCACUAAUCAUUUGCCCUGUUGCAAUGACAGAAUGAAAUGAAGCAACAAAUCUUUACUAAGGAGGAAUGCUUCCACAUGCUUCCAUGUAUGUUGGAAGAAGACUGAGAUGGACAAACAUACCUCUAGAACAGAUUUAAUCAUAGCUGCACUUCAUUCCUUCAUUGCAAUAGAGUAGAUACUGAGUAGGCCAUGUGUUAACUUGGGUUAUUUUAAGCUAGGAUGUGACUGAUGUGACUGUUUUAUGGGACAAUGUCAAUACUGAAGUCUACUGAAGUCAGCAGUAGCCAAUAUUUCUGUUCUAAUAUUCAGAAUCCUAAAGUUUGCGCUAGCAGCAUCGUGAGGCUGUAAUACUUAUUACACGUGAGAAAUCAAAAUAAUUUGAUGGAUAAAAAGCCUUAGCUGAACCUCAAAGCACAGCUACCAUUAGCAUGUUAACGGCAUAUAAUACAUGGCCACAGAUAGCAUGUUAACAUCAUGGAUGUAUUAUGAGAACUGCAUACUGGAAUUCAAGACGGUACCCACUCAUCAAGUUGUCUUGCUGUAUCCAGCUCACUUUCAUCAUCCAUGGUUAACAUGUAUGUUACUACUGGACAUUAACACGCGGUUUAUCAUGUAACAUUUAGCAUGUUAGCAUGCUCACAGUUAACAUAACAAAAAUUCAUUCAGUUUCUGUACCAUGAAGAAGCUCUGCAUGAACACCAGUAUGUCUUUCUUGAUUUUUUACACAAUGAGCAAAACAGAUGAUUAGAUGUGGUCAAUUCUACACCCAGUCUCAGUGUGUUGUUGGAGAAUGAUCAAAAUUAUGAUGAAUUCUGUCAAAAUGAUGUAAUACUUUUAAUUUUAAUUCACUGUGGUAUUUUAUUUCUCUUGUUGUGAAGCACUUUUUACUUUGUAUUGAUAAGUGCUCUAUAAAUUAAGUUUAAUUAUUAUUAUUUUUCCGUGACACUACUGUAAAAACAGAUAUCUCCUAACUAUUGAAUCACCACUUAUCCCUUUUAUGUUCACUUGUAUAUCAUACUCUUUAAUGCAAUGGUUUACUCUAGACUGAAUAUGACACCUACUGAUCACCACACACCCACCUGUCCUGUCAGUGGUAUGGCUGUGAUUACCCGCUUUGCGUGUUUAUCCCCGUGAACCUGGCAAAUCACCUCAUCCCAUCAUCCCAGGCAUCUGUCGAGGAUCCGACAAAUAAACGUCUCUGGAGACCUGACAGCCGUUUGAUAAUCCCUUGUAAACUGUGAGUCGGCGUAGGCCUGGUGACUAGUGGUGUCUCUUUUCCUUCUUGACAAAGUUUUGGGGGGGUGUGGUUUUUUUGUUUGUGAAUGAACUGAAGUGAAGUGAAGUUGGGAAUACUUCCUUGUUUUGAGUUUCGUUGUUAACCCGGAAAUCCCGAAGUUGAGUUUUGUUUUUCUUUAAAAACUGAACUAUAACUCUGUUUUUCUUUAUCUUGCUCUAAUACAACAUUAAAAAAACUGAACUGAA